AAAGUGACCCCACUACGUUUGUUGACGUUUCGCCGAAGUCUGAUCCAGUGAAGUCGAAGAUGGGUGUCCUCUCUGUGAGUGCGGGCAUCUUUCGGAACCAAGCACGGGCUGUUCGGACCUGGAACCAGGACUUCUCCACGUUAACAGCUGCUUUUCAGCACAGCAGCGCGUCGCACUCGACGAAGCCACUGAUCCUGAGGAAAUGUGGAGGGUUUUACGCACACAGUUUCUCACUCAUUCGGCCACUGAGCUCAGACAAACCACCAAGAGGUCUUGAAAAGCUCCUUCCAAAGAAUGAAGAAAGAACUGCGCUCAAUAAAUCAGUGGGAGAUGAAAAUACCAAAGAGCACAAACCAGGUGGAGGUGAAAAGCUGGACACGAAUCACAACGAGGACAAAAGACACAGAGGAGAGAGAAAGCAAGAAUCACACUGGUGGAGACGCUUCAAGCAGGACUUUCCAUUGGAUGAAACAACACUUCGGAAUGUCGCUGUUGGAGCAGCAGGAAUGGCCUCAGCCUUUUUCUACUUCUACUUCCGAAAGACAGGAGUCCAGAUCUCCUGGAAGGACUUUGUGCAGCGCUACCUGAGCAGAGGCUUGGUGGGUCACCUGGAGGUGGUCAACAAACAGUACGUCAGAGUAAUUCCUGCACAUGGAGUAAACACAUCAGACGUGGACUAUUUGUGGUUCAACAUUGGCAGCAUUGACUCAUUUGAACAUAACCUGGAGAUGGUUCAGCAGGAAAUGGGUCUGAAUUCUAAGAAAAAGGUCCCUGUACUCUACACCAGUGAAAAUGAGGCCAAUCUCAUUUCGAACGUCCUCCCACCGUUGCUUCUUCUGGGUCUUGUACUGUUCGCUCUACGUCACGGACCACUGGCUGGUAGACGAGGCGGAGGUCGAGGAAAUCCCUUGAGCAUCAGUGAAUCCAAAGCCAGGGUUGCAAAGGAGAAGAUCUGUGUGCGUUUCAAGGACUUUGCAGGGUGUGAGGAAGCCAAACAGGAGAUUAUGGAGUUAGUGAACUUCUUGAAAUAUCCGCGUCGGUACAAGAACCUUGGAGCCAAGAUCCCAAAGGGCGCUUUGCUAUCAGGACCACCGGGAACUGGGAAGACCUUGCUCGCUAAGGCCACUGCAGGAGAGGCCAACGUUCCCUUCAUCAGCGCCAGCGGCUCCGAGUUCCAGGAAGUGUUCGUCGGCGUGGGCCCCGCAAGGAUACGGGACAUGUUUGCUGUGGCUCAGAAACACGCCCCCUGCAUCCUGUUCAUCGAUGAGAUCGAUGCCGUCGGCAGGAAGAGGGGCGGGGGCAACUUGGGCGACCACAGCGAGCAGGAGAGCACCCUCAACCAGCUGCUCGUGGAGAUGGACGGGAUCAACAGCUGCUCCAACGUGAUCGUGUUGGCCGGCACCAACCGGGCAGAUGUCUUGGAUCCGGCUCUAAUGAGGCCUGGCCGCUUUGAUCGACAUAUACACAUAGGUCCACCGGAUGAAAAGGGCAGGGCCUCCAUCUUCAAGGUCCAUCUAAGAUCUCUUAAGCUGGACUCCGGUAUAAAACUAGAGGCUUUGUCCAAGAAAUUAGCCGCACUAACCCCAGGUUUUACUGGGGCUGAUAUUGCUAAUGUGUGUAACGAGGCUGCUCUAAUAGCAGCACGUCACCUUGACCAGCGGGUUGGUAUGAAGCACUUUGACCAGGCCUUGGACAGAAUUGUUGGAGGCCUAGAGAAGAAGAACCAAGUACUGCAGCUUUCAGAGAAAACAACGUUGGCCUAUCACAAGGCUGGACAUGCUGUUGCCGGCUGGUUCCUAGAACACGCAGACCCCCUGCUCAGGAUGUCUAUUGUUCCCAGAGGCAAAGGUUUGGGCCAUGCACAGUAUCUGCACAGGGAGCAGCACCUGUUCACCCAGGAGCAGCUGUUUGACAGAAUGUGCAUGAUGCUGGGGGGUCGAGUGGCCGAGCAGGUUUUCUUUCAGCGAGUCACCACUGGAGCACAAGAUGAUCUGAGGAGGGUCACCCAGUCUGCCUAUGCACAAGUUGUACAGUUUGGAAUGAAUGACGCCGUUGGCCCGGUUGCUUUUGACGUUCAGCCGGGCAGCGUGGUGUCAGAAAAGCCCUUCAGUGAACCUACAGCCCAGCUCAUAGACCAGGAGGUGCGCGUGCUCAUAGACGCUGCGUUCCAGCGAACGCUUCAGCUGCUCAGUGAGAAGAAGGAAAUGGUGGAGAAGGUGGCAAAACGCCUGCUGGAAAAGGAAGUUUUGGACAAGUCAGACAUGGUGUUGCUGCUGGGACCUCGCCCCUUUCAACACACGUCCUCAGUUGAAGACGCUGUGGAUGAUUUGGAGGAGUGUGAAGAGGAUGCCUGCCUGAACGCGGGUCAGAACUGGGCCUGGAACAAGUCUAAAGGUGAUGAAAAGCUGCCGAAUCAGCAAAAUAAAUCUUCCCUUUACAUGUAGAUGGACACAGACACAUGUAAAUAUAAAAUAUUAUGCAAUGUGCAACUACUCUGUUAUAUGUAGUGGUGUUCCUACAGGAUGAAAUCUGAAAUGUUUGAGGCAUUUAUUCCACUGGACGUGCCUUCCACACGCUUUCUUCCAUCUCCCAGUGCAAUAACACUGACAAAUGCAUUGUGCCACUGCACACUAACAGGUGGAACGUCUAUGCCAGGUACCAUGUUAUAUAUGAUAUAUAUAUAUAUACAUAUAUAUAUAUAUAAAAUGAGUCUCAUCAUUUGCAUCCACCUUUGCAAUAAAUAUAAAUUAAUAAUUGUGAAUUAUCUCAGGCACCACUUAAUUGUGCUGGUGGGUGAAGAGAUGUUUUUAUGAAAAACGUUUCUUUCUUAAAUCCAGGGUUCAGUUUGUUUUUGUUUGCCAGAAUCAGCCCAGUUGUUCACAUCACUAGCUGAGGUGAUGCUGUAUCUAGAUUGUCUGAUGCUGAAACCACCUGAGCGUUGUGAUCUGGUGAAGAACCACGCUUUUUAAACUACAGUACAGUGCAGUACUUACACUACCUCCCAGGACAACGAUCAGAAGCAACAAUGAGUUAUGUCAGAAUCAACAUGUAGCUUAUUUAUCUACUGUAUUCAGAUCACUGACGUUUCUGUCUGUGACACAAAGAAAGUCGUUUAAACCAGGUUGGACAUUUACAGAUGUUAUAUUAAUGGAGGUAGAUGCAAUUAUCACAGAUUUCUCUAUGUACAUAUAUGUAUAUGUUUGUACACAAAUUAUAUAAAUGUGAAAUAUUAUUUAUUUCGCACAUGCAAGCGUCUUUAGCUGCUGUAGAGACGUCUUAUCAGUCACUUAUCAGUGUGUUUGAAAAACACUCCUUGACUUCACUCGUGUAAUUGCAGCCUAAAAUAAUCAUCCGUGCUCAGGGUGCUUUACUGUAUGUGUGCUUUUCUAUUGCCUGUCAAUGUGUCGCUUUUGCUUCAUGAAUAUUGAUUUUUAGAAGAGCUCUGAUGAUUAUUGAUAUUACACCAGCAUAUAAAGCCAAAUAAAACAGGACACGUGCAGCACCAUCAUUAAACAGUUUUACUUUC